AUGUUUCGUAUGUUUGAUCCGAUGUAUUAGUCGAUGAACUAGAUCCUGGAGGAAAAUGGGAAUAUCUUAUGGUUGGGAGAUUGCACUGCUGCAUAUGAUAGAAGCUUGUUGGAUGCGAGAGGAAUUAAGACAGUUUUAACAGUAGCUGCAGGAUUAAAUGUGUCUUAUCCUGAAGGUGGAAUAGUGCACAAAGUUUAUCACAUUUUGGAUAUUGAAUCAGCUAACAUCGCUAGGCUUUUUGGGGAUACUUGUAAUCAGAUUGCAGAGGGAUUGAAACGAGGAGGUGUAUUGGUUCAUUGUGCAGCGGGAGUGUCAAGAUCAGCGUCUGCAGUGAUUGCAUAUAUAAUGAAGACCAGAGGGUUGAGUUUUUAGGAAACCUUCAAUUAUGUAAGAAAGCGUAGAAGUGUGGUAUUCCCAAAUUAUGGAUUUCAAAGAUAAUUAAGAAAUUAUGAGAAAGAUCUCAAAACUAUAAAAGUGAAAGAACCUCAAGGAGUUGAGAUGUCAAUCAAAUAGACACAAAAAAAGCCUUAAGAAACUGCAAUGGAGAAGCAUGAGUAAUUCAGUAUUUAGUAUUUGGAAUAGAAAGCAAAACUCCUCUUAAAACCUGCAUCAGGUAAUCCAGCAUUCAAUACUGGUUAUUCAACACCAUAAAAAUAGUUGUAGAAGUAGAGGAUGUUAUAUCAAUCUGCGAAGGUGGGAAGUCAAGAGCCAAAGUAAAGUUCAAUAACAUAGAGUUCUACCAGAGCUAAUUCCUCAAUGAAAAACAACAUAUUUGAACCAUCAUUCAAUCAAACAUAUUAAGGCCCUUAGAUAGUGACAUACUAAAGAAACAAACUAGUAGAGAAAAUGCCAGACAUCAAGAAGAAGACUUUUUAUAAGUGA